AAGACCUUGAGACCGAGUGGUCACGAAGAGGGAUUAAUUUAAACUUGACUUGAUGUUUGUUGUGUUGCGAGCUUCCCUAAAUUACUCAUAUAACUGAGUGUAAGUGCAUUUUUAAAAAGGAUGACAUAAUUUGUCACGGGUCUAACCUGUACCUACUUGGUGGGUUUUUCUCUUGUUCGAUAUAUCUGAACAAUUUUUGUCUUAGUCUUAUUGCUGCUGACCUGAGUGACUUAUCAGUCAAUCAUGAAUCACUGCUUUGUUGUGUAACGAUGAGCAACGAGAAGUAUUGGAAUAAUAAUAAAACAACAGCUUUGUUCAAAUUACCGUUUUUGGUAAGGAGAGAAGGCCAAGUCUACAUAAUGGGAACCAGGCUAGCAUUAUUGAAAACAAAUGCGUAAACACUGUGGUAAAAGUGGUGGAUUAAUUGCUUAUAAAAAAGCCAAAGCAAAAGAAUUAGUUGAUAGCGCUAAUAAAAUAUCUUGUUUAACUAAAGAACUCAAUAUAUCACUAGAAAUUCCUGACUACUUAAAAGUCAAUGAUAUUAUCACUGUUGAAUGUAUAAAAGCGUGUCAAACUGAUGUGGCAGUUAUUGACGAAUUAAUGCAGCUACUUCAAGAAAAUAUGCAAAAUUUGUAUCUUUCGUCAUCAUGGGGUUGGGAUGCUGAAGCUAAACGAGCUGAAGCAUUUCAUUCGAAAUCUUGGUUGAUUAUUUGUCGUUGUCAAAUGUCUGAAACUCAAUCCAUAGUUGGAUUUGUUAGUUUUCGAUUUGAACGUGAAGAAGAGUAUCCUGUGUUGUAUUGUUAUGAAAUUCAAUUAUAUCCAAAAUUUCGUCAUUUACAUGUUGGAACAUUUUUAAUGAAUAUAUUAUCUUCAAUUGCAUUGGCAUUGAAUAUGCAUCGAGUUCUGUUGACAGUGUUCAAGUCGAAUAAAAAUGCCAUUAGAUUUUUUGAGAAACUAGGAUUUAAAACUGAUGAAACCGAUCCUUCCUUAUUCAAAGGAGUUGAACCUGUUGAUUAUAGAAUUAUGUCCAAACGAACUGUUCAAUAAAAUUCAGAUACUACUACUAUAGAUUAGAUUAAAGCAUGAUUGCGUUGUUGCAUACUGAUCGACUCUUUCUUAUCCAAUCAGCGCUAGUCGAUACAGAGGUAACAUUGUAGAAUCUUUUCAUGUAAGAAAACUAUCAAUAUACUAACGUCUUUUUUCAAUCUAACUUUGUUAUUGGAAUCUAAUCUAUUUCCUGUUUAACCGUGUUCUGAUUUUGGAGAACGUUUCGAGUGAAUCGGUGUCCGAGAAUACUUAAGUAUUAAGAAUAGCUGGGUUGGCGACGGGGAUGGAAUCCACUGUUAUCUCUCUUUAUUACAAAUCAGAACACGGUUAAACAGGAAAUAGAUUAUUAUAUUCCAAUGACAAAGUUAGAUUGAAAAAAGACGUUUGUGUAUUGAUAGUUUUCUUACAUGUAAAGAUUUUAGAAUGUUUUUUCUUUGUAUCGACUAGCGCUGAUUGGAUAAGAAAGUAGUCGAUCAGCGUGCAACAACGCAAUCAUGCUUUAAUCUAAUCUAUGUUCUACUAACAGAUACUGACAAUCUGGUUGGUAUUUAUCUACAGAUUUUUAAUCCAUAAACCCUUAGAGAAUAUUUCUGUAUGUAUUUUUAUUGUUCAUUUAUUGUACAAUCAUAAAUUUUUUUUUACUAUAUGUUUCUUUGAUUUAGUAUACUUAUUAAAGCUAACUUUUCACAGUUUCGUUAGGUUUUAUAUUUCUUAUUCUAGAAACAUGGA